AUUCAAACACAUGUUUUUAAUGCAGCGGUUCAGAUCAGACUCUGUUCCGGUGUGCCCGCGCCUCAAGCCCGCGCCUCAAGCCAGAGGACUAAGAAGAAGAAGUUUAUGAGUUAUUGAUUUAAUGAUUUAAUGAUGUUUCUUUAGACAGCGUGGAAGUUUUUUUUCAGUCAUGAAGCUCGUCCUGCUGCUCUGCCUCCUCUCUCCUCUCUGUGACGGAGUCCGCAUCCGAGGACUCGUCACGGACAACAACCUGACCAUCGUGCCCGGCUCUCUGACUCCGUCCGUGGGCGUGGAUGUGGAUUUAUCCGCAGUCAUCCACCGCGUGGACCCGCGGUUUCUGUCCGUCACCAUCGACGCCAGUCUGGCCUCAGAGGAGAAGUUCAUGUCCCUGCUGGGAUCUCCAAAGUUACGGACGUUGACUAAAGCUCUGACUCCAGCUUUUCUGAGGUUUGGUGGAACCAGACAGGACUUCAUGGUGUUCACGCCUCAGAAGCCUCAUCACUCAAACACCGCCUUCACCGCAGAUGAGUCAUGUGACAAACUGGAGCUGCCCUCAUGGUUGGAAGAGAAGCUGAAGGGGGAGUGGCCUGAGCAGCAGAUGGUGCUGAUGAGAGAGGACGUGCAGAGGAAAUACAGACGGGUCAAGUUCACAGAGUACACGGUCGACGUGCUGCACGCCUUCGCCAGCUGCUCCGGUUUGGAUCUGAUCUUCGGGCUGAACGCGCUGCUCAGAACUGCUCAGAACUCGUGGAACAGCAGCAACGCUCGCUCUCUGCUGCAGUACUGCGAGGCCAAACAGUAUCACAUGUCCUGGGAGCUGGGAAACGAACCAAAUAGCUUCGAGAAGAAAGCCGGGAUCCGCGUGGACGGAUUUCAGCUCGGACAAGACUUCACCGAACUCAGAGAGAUCAUGGCGCGAUCGAAACUUUACCACGACGCUGCGCUGUACGGGCCGGACGUGGGCCAACCGCGAGACCACAGGAUCGACAUCCUGGAGGGGUUCCUGCAGAGCGGAGGCGCGGCCGUUGACGCCUGCACCUGGCACCAUUACUACGUGAACGGCAGAGACACGUCUCUGGAGGACUUCAUCGAUCCUCAGAUUCUGGACUCGCUGGCCCUGAAGAUCAACGAAGUGCUGCAGAGAGUCCAGCAGACGUCUCCAGGGAAGGCGGUCUGGCUCGGGGAGACCAGCUCGGCGUACGGAGGAGGAGCGGCCGGACUGUCGGACACGUUUGUCGCAGGGUUUAUGUGGCUGGAUAAACUGGGCCUGGGCGCCAGGCUCGGCGUGGAUGUGGUGAUGCGGCAGGUGCUCGUCGGUUCUGGGAGUUACCACCUGGUUGACGAAAACCUGGAUCCACUUCCUGAUUACUGGCUGUCCGUUCUCUAUAAGCGACUCGUCGGCCCUGAGGUUUUGAAAAUUUCAGCGUGGUCAAAAUCUGGGCGGAGUCGGAGAGUGAGGCUGUACCUGCACUGCUCCAGCACAAACAGCUACAGACGCGGCGCCGUCACACUGAUGGCUCUGAACUUGAGUAAGAAGACGGCCAGGGUCUCGGUGCCAGCGAUCGUCUCCUCCAGCACAGUGGACGCUUUUGUCCUGCAGUCUGACCAGCCGGGGGAGGAGGGACUCUACUCCAGGUCUGUGACUCUGAAUGGAGUCGUGCUGAAGAUGACGGAUGAUAAAACUCUUCCCGACCUCACAGCGAAUCACCUUCCUCCGUCUGUUCACCUGCAGCUUCCUGCCUUCUCUCUGGCAUUCUUCGUCUUCACAGACGCUCAGGCUGCAGCCUGUCUUGACCCUGUCCCCCUCAGAUGACCUCAUGACCUCAGAGAUGUUCAUCACUGGACUAAAACACUGGUACUCAAAAGUAAAAUGGUUUGACUUUUUACCGUAAAAGACACUGUAGACAAUAUUGUUUUUUCUAGCUCUGUUCCACACAGACAGUGACAUGUGUGGCCUUAACCACGUUAGUUAGUAUGUUUGUUUUCAGUUUAACACUGUAAAAUGAUGCUGUACAUAGACUAUCAAAUGUUUACAGGUGUGUCAGUGUGACAUCAGUGACAUGGGUUCACAUUGAGUGACCUAAAAUGAAUAGGGUUAACAUUAAACCUCCUUUUAGGAGUGAAUCUGAAGUAACUCACAACACAGAGAUAGCUGUUAGCUUAGGGGGCCUGGGCGCAGAGUUAGCUUUUAGCUUAGAUAGCAAGGUUAGCUUAGGGCACAGUGACGUGUGAGCUCAAAGAGCAGUUAGUUGUUAGCUCAGGGUGUAGGCAAUCUUUAGUUAACUAUUAGCUCGGCUAAUUAAAUCAGAGGACAAAUACAGCUCUUAGAUCAGAGUUAGCUGUUAGCUCAAAGGAACAUAGUUGUUAACUCAGGGGCCUGGGUGUUAGCUUAGAUAGCAGUGUUAACUCAGGACACAGAGUCCGCUGUAAGCUCAGGUAGCAGAUUUAGCUGUUAGCUCAGGGAGAAGACGAUCUUUAGGUAACCAUUAGUUCAGCUCAAAGAAAGCUACGUUAGCUAUUAGCUGAAGCGUAUUAGCUCAGAGAGCAGAAUCAAAGAGUUAGAUGUUAACUCACAGAGUUAGCUGUUAGCUUAGAGGGUUAGUUGUUAGCUCAGAGAGCUAGCUUUUAGCUCAGUGUAGGCUGGUGAGUUCUUUUACAGAAAUGAAUCCUCUGGAGAAGAUGAACAAAGUACAUAAUGUUUUUAUUAAGACGUUGAGUACAUGACAUGUGUCAAUCUAAAUGAAUAAAGUGGUCAAAUCCAGA